ACACACACACACACACACACACAGAAACACUGAGUGUGUAGAAGAGCUCAGAGCUCAGAGCAGUGCAGUUUGUCUGUUUCUCAUAGAGAUACUGAUUAUUACAUUUAUACACAGACAGCUAAAGGAGGAUAUGAGAAAAAUAUCAAGGAGGAUUUCAGCAGCGACUCUUCUGUUCCUUCUUCUUGUGCUGGAUGGAGUUUUUUCUUACACUGAGUUUGAGAUCUCCGUACCUACUGGUGUACAGAUGGGUGUGUACGGCGAGUCAGUGGUUCUGCCCUGCACAUUCCCAGUGGGCAGCUCGUGGGAUGCAGGCAACAGUGUGAUCACAUGGCAGCGUCACCUAGAGGUGGUCCACAGCUUCUACUACAGCCAAGACCAGCCGCAGUACCAGAGCCCGAGAUACACCAACCGCACCAGCCUGUUCCACCAGGAGCUGCAGAAGGGGAACGCGUCACUCAGGCUGGACCAUACCACUCUAGAAGAUGCGGGGGAGUACACCUGUUCCAUCAGCACUCAGCUGGGCAGCCAAAGGAAGAGCUUCAGGCUCAAAGUAGCAGCAUUUUACCCAGAGCCUCGACUGCACAUCUUCAUGCUGAAUGAUGGCCAUGUGGAGGUGCUGAUGACGACAGAGGGUGGGUACCCCUCUCCUGCGCUGCAAUGGCUGAUGGGAAACGCCAGCGAUGUCACCAACAGCACAUACACACAGCUGAGACAGGACCAACACACACACCUGUACAGCGUAAACAGUAAACUUAACCUGACCGCCAGUGUCAACUCCUCCAUCAUAUUCAUCAUGAAGAACCCAGAUCUGGGCCAGGAGAUCAGGAGGAACAUUGACCUUUUCUCAGAAAACCCAGGAUUUGAUCAGAGCAAUCAGAAUGCAGUCAUCAGUGGACUUAUUGGACUUGUUGUUGCAGUUCUCAUCAUCAUCAUCAUCAUUUCAGUAAUUAUUCUUCUACACCGGAGAAGGAAAAAAGAAAACUCCCAAAAUAAUUUAGAGACCAACACUGGAUCAUCUGCUACAAAUUCUCAAAGAGGAACAGACAAAGCUGAGUGUGUUACAGAAACCCUGUUGAAGAAAGGUUUCAGAUGAGAUUACAUUGAUAAAUAGAAUUUAUUUAAUUUUUCAUUACAAGCUGUAAUUAAAGAUGAACUACACACUAAGGUCUUGUGCUGGUCCACUGGCUCCUCACAUUUACUCCUCCCUGAGAGCAUCUACAAAAUAAUCAGCGGUGGAAUUUUCACAACCUCAAAAUGACCUCCUGAACACUACCUGCUAUCUGAUACCUGCUUUUGUGGUUUCAGAAAUAUUUUUGGACAUUGAACAAUUUGGGCAUUCAUGUGUGAAUGUAUUAAUGAAAAACCUUGAAGAUGAAUUCUCCAGCGUCAUGAUUACUGUUUCUGCCAUAAACUGAAUGUAUGCUGCAUUAUGGGUUUACUGAUGAAAGAAUAACUGCAAAAAUAUAUAUUGUAUAUUUACCAUAAAAUAUCUCUGUAAAGAUUUGUUAUUUAUUUAAUGUAGUUUUUUAUUGUUUUGUUUUUUAAUCAUGCUUAUAAUUUAUAACUAGUCUACCCAUUAAAGUGGUCUCUGGUUCUAUACAUUUUUCUCUCCUUUAUAACACUCCUUGAUAAUUCUUAUUUUAAGAGUUUCAAGUGGGAAACUGAGCAACUACAAGAAGAAACAGGAAUUUAUAGCAAACUUAUAGAAGCAAAUGUAUUGUAAAACAGGAAAAGCUUAAAUCCGCGGACACAGAAAUGUUCACACAGACGUUUGUUUGGGUUUCUGUAAUAACUGCACUGAUUUCUAUUAAUGUGGUACAAGUGGAAGCCUCAAUCAUUCUGACAUUCUCAUUAUAUGUAUCUGUAAAUGUUUGCACACCAAAUUGGAGUAAAAAACUGUUUACUUCAAUUCCAUUUUGUUUAAAUUAAAAUGUUGAAUUUUCUUGGUUCUAUUGCUUCUUGCUGGAUGAGAGGCAUGAAUAAAUGCACUUUAAGUUUUAAAA